AUGUCUGAGAAUACACCCCACAAGUUGAUUGCCAGAGGUAUACCCACUAAACUUCUCAAUUUCGAUGGGCCCUCUUUCUCCUUGCAAAUCACUCAAGGUGAAUUCGACGCAGGUUUAGCCAAAGAUAUUGAUUUGGAGAAGAGAACAAAAGCUCGACAUGAUAAAGUCGAGAAAUCAAUGAAGGAGACAACACUUCCCAUUCGAAAAAAGAGGAAAAACCAUAUCUCUGAAGCUUCAUCUGUCAAGGGGAAGGAGGUUGAAGAAUUGAAAACCUCAGAUAAAGUUGAAGAAAAGGGAAUUAAGUUUUUUGUCAAACAGCAGCCAAAAUUUGCACCCCAUAUCAGUGUGUAUACUAACACUGAUAUAGUCUCCGAUAUAAAAGAGAACCUUACUCCUGUUCAGUACCAACAACUUGGUAAUACUUGCUUUGGAAAUUUUCUUCAAAUGAAGCGUUGUGAAGUCCAACAUCAACUCUUCAGAUGCUUCAUGGCUCUCCAGGUAGAAGGUACUCCUAACAAUGUAUUUGCAAUACACGUCAAUGGUACUUCAUUACAUUUCACAUUAAAGGAGUUUGCGCUUGUUACUGGGCUCAAAUGUGUUGGUAAUGAUGCUGAUUUUGAGUUUAGUGAAAAGGUUCCUAACCGGCUUAUUGAGACUUACUUUGGAGGUGCUAAUCUUGUCAAGAAGAAACAUUUGAUGAAAUGCUUUGCUGAGAAGAGCUGGGGUCCCGACAAUGAUGUUGAUGCCUUGAAGAUAUCUUUGUUGUAUUUCAUACACACCUUCAUUUUUUCAUCCGAGAAAAACAGUACAACCAUACCAAGGCUACAUUUUGACUUGGUAGAGAGUGGGCGCUAUUCUGAAUAUCAUUGGGGUUUAAAAGCAUUUGAGAUGUUGACAAAAUCGAUUAGCAAGAAGAUGGAUGCUGUGAAGAAGUAUUACAGGAUAGCUGGGAUGCCCAUAUCUAUGCAAGUGUGGUUUUAUGAGUGUUGUUCUUCUGUUGAUUCCAAAAUUGCACUCCGAGUUGAUGGCGUGGUCCUUAGAAUACUCAAUUGGAGAACCACCGGAAAUCAGCCAACUUUUUCUUAUCUGAUGAACGGCAUGUUCAAUGACACCGGAAACAUAAUUGUUUUCAAGGACAUCAGUCCAAGCGAUAUAGAGCUAGCCGUUAUUCAGAUUCCUCCUGUAGCCGCCGAUGUUGAGAACAGACCUACUCUUGCUCAUUCAGACAAAUCGGGAGAGGAUUCGGAUGACUUUUCUCCGACACCCGAUCUUCCAUGUAAGAAGAAACAUGUUGCAAUUGUUAGUCCAUCUUCAUCACCGCCCCAUAAAAAGCGUAAGGAACACGAAAGGCAUCAUAAUGAAACAGAAUAUCAUCCCAACAUUCCUCAUGUUUGUGUUUCCGAAAUUGGACAUAAAGUUUUGCAUGACCAUCAGCUGCCAGAAGGCCAAAAUGAUGAAGUUAUGGGAGAGUUCAAGUCUCUAACAACAUUGAUCAAUGAUAACUUCAAGGAGCUUUCAGACCAUAUUCAACAAAAUCAGCAAAAUGAACCCAUAGGGAGACGUGAUGAUGGCAUUCACACAGAUGUCAGAGAUAAUGUUGAGAUGUAUGUAGAUGUAUUCUGA